UUAUACUUUAUAUUUGCUUUAUAAUUAUAAAACUAGUUAAGCCAGCGGUUUCGACUGCGUAUAAUAUUAAAAUAAAUCUUCCUCUUAAAUUACUGUCUGUUUUUCGACGAAAUAAGCGACUUUCUUUACACUAUGUAUUUUGAGUUAUUUUUAUUUGAUUAAUAAUUGAUAAAAAAUGACAAUUUCAAAAAAUUCAUUAUAUUCGUAAUUUCUUUACUUUCUUAUUUAUAUCAAAGCACUAUAAUCAUAAUAAACUUAUUGACUAACAUAACAUAUUUAUUAUUAGUGAUUUAACGUUCCCAACACAAAAAAUACAAUGAAAUCUCACCUUCAUUAAGAUACAAACCAAGAUCGCUAGCAAUUGACUUAAAAAUAUUAUGUAUUCGUUUAAAAUAGUUGUUUGUUAGUACGUGAACUGAAUUUUACUUUCUUUCUCGUGAAUUGAUACCAGUAUAAUGUUGAAUCCGUCCGAUGUUGGUCGUCAUUAACAUUUCACCGUUGACGACGAGCGUGUUUUGCCGCCACAUCGUCUGGCAGUGACCGCGAAAGCGCGCGAACUGUAUCAAAUGCAUAAGCGUUCUCAAUUCAAAAAUAUUGGAAAGCUACUGUUAUUGGUGAGAUUAAAAUAAUGUGGUGUUGUGGAAACUUUAUUGAAUUUUUAUGAAACAAAGUGGAUAUUAGACAAAGUGAAAAAUGUGUUUAAGAAGAAUUGAAUUAGUGUUUUUAAUUUUAGCACUAUAUAUGGAUAAUGUGCCAGAUGCUGAAGGCAGUAUCAUGGACAUGGUGGACUUUCGGUACUGGCGAUGUGUCAUGAAGAGGGAGUGGACAUGUCCCGACCAUGAGAUCAACUUCUUCUUGUUUACGCCGGAACAUCCUCAUCAGCAUUGGAUAGAUCCGCGGCACCCGGACCUGCUUCAGGAUCUCGGUUGGAAGUUGGGAAGGAAGAACGUCCUAAUAAUUCACGGUUUCAAUGGCACGCAUAGCAAAUCUCCCAUGACAUUUUUGAGAGACGCGUUUCUAUCACGCAAAGACUAUAACGUAUUCAUGGUGGACUGGUCUCAACUCGCCAGGUUUCCGUGUUACCUGUCAGCUCUCUCAAAUAUGAAGCUGGUGUCUCAGUGUACAGCCCAGUUAUAUUCUGCAAUCACUGAAGCGGGAGGGUUGGCUAAGAAGACUACUUGUGUUGGCCAUUCAUUGGGAGCGCAUAUCUGCGGAAUGAUAUCCAACCAUCUUACUGAGAAGCAAUACAAAAUUGUCGGACUCGAUCCGGCCCGCCCUCUAGUGAACGCAUACGGUUCGAAGUUGUUCAGGCUAGGGAGGGAUGACGCACAUGUGGUACAAGUCGUCCACUCUAAUGCCGGUUUCCUUGGGGAGGCGGGCUUGGUGGGACAUGUCGACUUCUGCAUUAACGGAGGCAAACUGCAGCCGGGCUGCAUGGGCCAUACGAUGCGAAUUGCCCGCUGCAGCCACUUCAAAAGUUGCUGUUUGUAUGCAGCUAGUGUCCGCCGAAAACUGCGCAUCGUAGGUGUGCCUUGUGACACCACGUGUCCGAAAGAAACUGGCAGAUGGGGCUUAAGGUCUGGUAGACGGUCCAUUUUACUAGGCGAAGACACGCCACAUACGUGAGUAAUUUAUGCCCCGUUUUGUGGCUCUUUUUAUAUUAUCUUCUU